AUGGAUGUUCCAAUCAUGGUUGGAGAUUGCUACAUCCCUGCUGAUUUUGUAGUUCUUGAGCUGGAACACCAACCUAAAGACCCUCUUAUCUUGGGAAGGCCAUUCCUAGCUACUGCAGGAGCUAUAAUAGAUGUCAAGAAUGGAAAGAUUGACUUGCAUCUUGGAGAUAUAGUGAUGAAUUUCGAAGUAAACAAGUCUAUGGAGAAGCCAACUGUAGAUGGUCAAGCUUUUUGGAUUGGAGAGCUCGCAGAGACAAGAGAAGAAGUGCUGGAUGAACUCCUUCUUAUUGAUCCCUUGGAGCUAGCUUUGACAAAGCUGAGAAUGAAUAGUGCAUGGGUCAGCCCUGUACAUGUCGUGCCAAAGAAAGGAGGGAUCACAGUCAUCAAGAAUGAACAUGAUGAGCUCAUUCCAACAAGAACAAUCACUGGACACAGAAUGUGUGUCGACUACAGGAAACUGAACUCCUCCACACGCAAGGACCACUACCCCUUGCCAUUCAUAGAUCAGAUGCUUGAGCGCCUUGCCAAUCAUCAAUACUACUGUUUCUUGGAUGGAUACUCAGGAUUUUUCCAAAUUCCAAUCCACCCAGAUGAUCAGGAGAAGACUACAUUCACUUGUCCCUAUGGCACAUAUGCUUAUAGGAGAAUGCCUUUUGGAUUGUGCAAUGCUCCAGCUACAUUCCAAAGGUGUAUGAUGUCCAUAUUCACAGAUCUCAUAGAAGAGAUUAUGGAGGUUUUCAUGGAUGAUUUCUCAGUAUAUGGUUCUUCCUUUGAAUCAUGUUUGGGGAAUCUUGGAAGAGUGCUACAGAGAUGUGAAGACAAGCACCUAGUUCUAAAUUGGGAGAAGUGCCACUUUAUGGUUAGAGAUGGAAUAGUGCUUGGACAUAGAAUCUCAGAAAGAGGCAUAGAAGUUGAUAAGGCCAAGAUUGAAAUAGCAAGGCCGCUAACACGCCUAUUAUGCAAGGAUAUUAACUUUGAGUUCACAGAGGAGUGUCACAAGGCUUUCACUAAGAUCAAAGAUGCAUUGGUCAGUGCGCCAGUGGUUCAACCUCCAAACUGGGAACUACCUUUUGAGAUAAUGUGUGAUGCAAGUGAUUAUGCAGUAGGAGCAGUGCUUGGACAAAGAAAAGACAAGAAGCUACAUGUGAUCUACUAUGCCAGCAGAACACUUGAUGAGGCACAAUGCAAGUAUGCCACAACAGAAAAGGAGCUUCUUGCUAUUGUCUUUGCAUUUGAGAAAUUUCGAUCAUACUUGGUGGGAUCAAAAGUUAUAGUUCACUCUGAUCAUGCAGCAUUAAGGUAUCUUUUAUCUAAGAAAGAUGCCAAGCCAAGAUUGUUGAGAUGGAUACUACUAUUGCAAGAAUUUGAUCUUGAGAUCAAGGAUAGAAGAGGAGCAGAUAAUGGAGUAGCUGAUCAUCUUUCAAGGAUGAGAGUUGAAGAAAAUCUACCCCUUGAUGAUAGGCUACCUGAAGAAUCAGUUUAUGCAGCUGAAGCUAGCAAUAAGCAUGGACAACUAGGCCAUCACAGGCCAGGAACAAAGAUCUCAUCAUCAAACACACCAUGGUUUCGCCACAUAGCAAACUUCCUUGCAGCUGAAUACCCACCACCAAACUUCUUUGGCUACAGAAAGAAGAAAUUUCUGCGUGAUGUAAGAAGGCACUUUGCCACUUACAAGACAGUAUCCAAAGUCCUACAAGCUGGAUUUUGGUGGCCAACUAUGUUUAAGGAUGCUCAUGCAUUCAUAUCAAGAUGUGAUGCUUGCCAAAGAAUGGGAAAUAUAAGCAAGAGGAAUGAGAUGCCACAGAACUUUAUACUAGAAGUUGAAGUUUUUGAUGUUUGGGGCAUUGACUUUAUGGGACCCUUCCCAACCUCUUUUGGUGACCAAUACAUUCUAGUGGCAGUUGAUUAUGUCUCCAAAUGGGUGGAAGCCAUUGCCAGCCCUACUAAUGACGCACAAGUGGUCAUCAAGAUGUUUAAAUCCAUCAUUUUUCCAAGGUUUGGAGUGCCUAGGAUAGUCAUAAGUGAUGGAGGUUCACAUUUCAUCAACAGAAUCUUUGCCAACCUUUUGAAGAAGCAUGGAGUUACUCACAAAGUUGCCUCUCCUUACCACCCCCAAACUAGUGGACAAGUUGAGAUCUCAAACAGAGAACUCAAGAGCAUACUUCAGAAGACAACAGGCAAGACAAGAAAGGAUUGGAGUGCCAAACUAGAUGAUGCUCUAUGGGCAUACCGCACUGCCUUCAAAACACCACUUGGUACCACCCCCUUUCAUCUUGUCUAUGGUAAAGCAUGUCAUUUACCUGUGGAGCUGGAGUACAAAGCAGCUUGGGCUAUUAAGGAGUUGAACUUCAACCUAAAGACAGCAGGAGAAAGAAGAUUGAUUCAGCUGAAUGAGCUUGAUGAGAUUAGGCAUCUGGCUUAUGAGAAUUCAAAGAUCUAUAAGGAGAGAACCAAAGCUUUCCAUGACCGCAAGAUCAUCCCAAAGAACUUUGCGCCAAACGACCAAGUUCUACUAUUCAACUCAAGGUUGAAACUCUUUCCAGGAAAGCUUCGCUCAAGAUGGUCAGGACCAUUCAGGAUUAAAGAAGUUCGCCCCUAUGGAGCAGUGGUGUUAUGGGAUCCAAUGGGAGGAGACUUUACAGUCAAUGGACAAAGGUUAAAACCUUACCUAGCCUCCACCACCAUACCACAGGAGACCACACUAGCUCUUGGCGAUCCACCAGAUCCUUAA